GUUGUUUGAUGAGUCCUUGUGAGUUUUGAAAUUGCCAGAGACAAAUGAACCCCCAUCCCCACAGCUGAAAUGUUACACCGCACCCAUAGGUUUAUGAGGAAAUAGUUCCACCCCUUUCAGAGGAUUUCAUAUAAAGACAAUAUCAAUGUCAUGUCCGUAUAACGAGAAAGCCACCAUCUGUUCAACCAUCUCCACUUUCAACAUGCUGCAUCGAGAGCUGACUUUUAUUCCCUUAUUAAUGCUACUAUGCCAACAUGGUGCUGCUUUGCAACAAUUGCAACACAUCACAUGUGAAGGGACGAAAGCCAAUAUCACCUGUGAACCAGGUAUCAUUUCAGUGGUCUCAUCCAAUUAUGGUCGUACAAGCACUGAGGUAUGCAGAGGAUCGUUUGACGAUUCUGCGCUCUCUGAUGUCAACUGCUUACACGAUACCCUUGAUGACGUGUCUACAAAAUGCAAUGGAAAACAAACCUGUUCCUUUGAUGUGAAUAAUAAUGUUUACACUGACCCCUGCGGAGGAAUUUACAAAUAUCUGGAUGUGCAUUAUUUCUGUUUAAAAGCAAAGAAGCCGCUCGACUGUGGAAACAACGGCUGUGAUGUAACAACAAUCUGUCAGUUUGAAAAAAAAGAAAUUAGUUGUAAUGGAGGGGAAUUUUCUGUUCAGUAUGCUUAUUAUGGAAGGAUCGAUUCGCAGAUUUGCCCUCAUUCUAACUCAAGUCUCACAUCUUCUGUGUGCUACUCAGACCAGACCAGCGUCGUGAAACUUUUGUGUGAUGGUAAACGUACAUGCAAUCUAUAUGUUUCAAGUUUAAUUUACCUGGAUCUGUGCCCUCAAAAAUACAAAUAUUUGGCAGUGAUUUACACUUGCAAACAAGGAUCACAACCUAGCUGAUGACUCAAACAACUCAAAGUAAGGAGAACACCUAUCAGAAAACGUCUCUAUUUCUGUGAUCUAUUAAGCAAGGAGGAAAACUUCUGCGUUAUUUAUUUAUCUGUUUUUUAAAAGAAUUAAAAAUAUAUACAUUCAUAUGAUAAUUCAUUUAUUUAUUUAUUUACUAAUUAGAAUGGGCAAUGUUAAAGAAUCAUGAAAUCACUAAAUGUUAGCAAAUCAAUCUAAAUUGUAUAUGAUCUGUUGUAGUAAUGGGAAUCUCAUGUUAAUUGAACAUAAUUUUUUGUUCAUAUUUUGGCAUUUGUAUCCUAAA